AUGUGUCGGGUUGUUGCUUUAACCGUCAUAAGUUUGUUUACACACGUGCAUACUUUCAAGAUGAUGGCUCUUGCUCGGCCCGUGCCGCCGGUGGGAUGCCAGCCCCCCGCCGUGACAAACAAGAUGCUGAAAAUGCUACAGGGAUUUCUGAAGAAGCAGAGCCAGCCAAAAUCUCGGAUGGCAGAAGAGAUGCAGUCAUCCACAAUUGAGAAUGCUUUGAGCAAGGAAUAUGGGGUUUCCUUUCAUGCAAUGGAGAGAACAAGCUUGAGCAGUGAAUUCAAAAGGCGACCCGCAGACCAGCUGCUAAAAGCCGUGAAGGAGUUGCAAGCUGGCAAUGCUGGCCGUGGGGAUCCGGGUGUCAUGGCGGACGCCUUUGCAACGGCCUACGGGCUGAUGGAAGCAACGGAUCCAGUUCAACAGAUCAACGGGAUUGGUGAGCUGGAGUUCCGCACUGCGCAAGCGAUCCUGCUACAGCUUGCGCUGCUUUUGUCAGGGAACACCGCAGUGACGCCUGGCAUGUAUUACAUAGACGAGCAGAGGGUCAUCCGUGUGGUGUGGUGGGUGUCGACUCUGCUUGCCGUACCUGCAUAUUUUGGCGAGGCUUUGCAAGUGUCCGAACCCCGAGAGUAUGCCUUAUUUCCCAAGCCUGAUCCUUGCAGAUAUCGGGGCACGAUCACUGUGACAUCAGUCAACGGCAUUGGCGGUCAGGAGUUCUUCUGUGAGGGUGCCCACAUCAUCAUUUCCUGCGUCCAUCCGCACAUUGACAUGGCAAGCCAGCAAGAGUAUCACGUCAAUGUGAAUCGUCCCCAGCAGGCCGAACUGCUGUUGAGCUGGUUCAUUGCAGCCCCGAGUCCCACGGACAUCAACCGGUACCUUGCUGCGGCAGACAGGAAGCAACCCGUAGUUUUUCUGCGUCGGAACCUUGGUCUGACACACCCAGCUGCACCAUUCCAUGAAUCAAACAGUGUUGUGUUCUUGGACUCGAACGAUGAUGUGGAGCAGGUGCUGCAGCUUGCAGAUCAUGCCCCUUGCGGUUUAAGCAGGCACUUCCUGGACUACCAAACCGGCAUGAUUCCCUUCACAUUUCCACCAGCGAUUGACGACUGGGACCAGCGCAUGCAAAGCUCGAUGAUGCAAAUUGGCAGUCCCUUUGGUGAUGAGGCAGAGGCAGCCAGCUAUUUCUGCCAGAAGCUGGAGGAUGCCGCUUUGGACAUCUCACAACUGGAGGAGGAAGUUAAGGAUCUGCCGGUCGAGGAUGAAGACGACAUCAUGACAAAGGCGAAGCGCCUGGCCAGGGAUGCUCUUCUGUGCCUCCAACGGCAUCAUGUUGCUGUUCGCUGGGUGUCAGAGAUUCUCCAGGAUACCAUCGAAAUCGCGGUCUACCAAGGUCGAAUCAAGCAGGAGCAGGAGCAAAUCAGCAACAGAUGGGAGGUGCAGCCCAAGCCCACUAAACAAAAUCGUCAUGCUGCCAAGAGGGAAAGGAAAAAGCAAGGCCAGAACUUGCCCACAGAUGUCAAAGUUCAACCUGUGCAAUCACCUUCCCAGCGGCUCCGCAGUAUUCUUAACGAUUUCACCAACAAGGUGUUCAAGUAUCAGCACUACAAGAAGGCUUUCCAUGCGCUCCAAUCUACUGGCCUUUUGGCUCAUGUGGGUUGCGAGUCCAUCCGUGGUUCACAUCAUGUGCUCCAUGCACACGGGGCAGCAAGUGCAACGGUGGUGAUGCCGCAUGGGAGCUCUUCUGAGCAUCAUCGGCAUCGCUUCGCCCGGAGCCUCAUGAACAUUGCGGCGCAGACACAAGCUGCGGUUUGA